GGUUAAGUAGCGAUCAGUCUUCUCUCGGCAGCGAUCAAGAGCACUUGUAUCCCGUACUCUUUUACAUAUUUGAAUUGCGAUUUAAUUCCAAAAACAAAAAUGUCGCGCAAAUUUUUCGUUGGCGGUAACUGGAAGAUGAAUGGAGUUAAGAAAGAGAUCGAUGAAAUUGUCGCUUUUCUCAAAGCUGGACCACUCGACCCCAACGUUGAGGUUGUCGUGGGUGUACCCUCGAUCUAUUUGGCAUACGCAAAGAGCAUUUUGCCAAGCACAAUUGCUGUGAGCGCACAAAACGCGUACAAAGUACCCAAGGGCGCGUUCACCGGAGAAAUAAGCCCGGCUAUGCUUGUCGAUAACGAAGUACCCUGGGUCAUUCUUGGACAUUCCGAACGCCGUAACGUUUUUGGUGAAAAAGACGAAUUGAUUGCCGAAAAAGUUGCCCACUGCCUCGAAGCUGGAGUCAAGGUAAUCGCGUGUAUUGGUGAACUGUUGGAAGAACGGGAAGCAGGAAAAACAGAAGAAGUAGUGUUCCGUCAAACGAAAGCGAUCGCGGACAAGAUCAAAUCCUGGGACAACGUUGUUCUCGCGUACGAACCUGUAUGGGCGAUUGGAACUGGAAAAACUGCCACACCGCAACAAGCUCAAGAAGUUCAUGACAAAUUGAGGGCGUGGUUCGCGAAAAACAUAAGUCCUCAGGUCGCCGAAUCUUUAAGAAUUAUUUACGGAGGUUCAGUCACAGCUGGCAACGCGAAAGAUCUUGCCAAGGAAAAAGAUAUUGACGGGUUCCUCGUUGGCGGAGCUUCGUUAAAGCCAGAUUUCGUACAAAUUGUCAACGCUAAGCAAUAAGCAACAAAAUACUCAACAGGCAAUAUUUUAUUGUCGCCCUCUAUUCCCGUCAUUUACAGUUCUCGAAUAUCGUUUAAUGAUUCUUUAUCAUCGUUACCACCGAUAUUGAUUACAUCCUUAUAGUCAACGAUCAAAGCAAUGGCUAGUAUGAGGAAACGCAAAUUAAUGUGCAGGAAAAAAAUCAUUAGGCUCUAUCUGCCGCGAAUGAUUUUUAUUGCCUCUGUGUAUUGCGAUCUAUCAUCGUAAUUAGCGAUAAUUAAUUUGAUCUUUUCUUUUUCGUGAAUCGUAAAGUUUGCAAGGCUCCUCGAGCCAGGGAUCAGAAUUACAUGAACAAAAACUCAAAGCAAUUAGCUCGAUAAAGAAAAAUAUUUAUGCUGAAAUCCUCAGUUCUGUCGCGCAUAAUUUCAACGAUUUUCUUUCUCUUUUAAAAAUCCUUGACUAUUUUAUGAGAAGCAUUUUUUGAUUCUUUUUCUUUCUAUCACUACCAACCUCUAGUCCUGGUGAUUCAAGAGUGGCUUUCGAAUGGAGGAUCAAUGAAUUAAGAUUAUAUCGUUGUUACUGCUGUUGUAAUCUAUAAAAAUCAUGUUACGUACAGAUUAUACUGUGACUUGAUGAAAUAAAACUCAAGUGCGCACAAUA